GAGCGAUGUUGACACGAGCCAAUGAGCCUGGUUAGUCGCCCCCUGCAGGCAGGCCAAGAGACGGCAGGGAUCACAGACACGCGGAAGUUGUUCUUUCAACACGUUCGACCAACCGGCCGCCCUUUCGCCACGAUUGUGUCCCUCAUGGCCUCGCUGAAGAUCAAAAAAAAAAACACGCCCAAAGAAAGUCUUUGCGUCGACGGUUGAGGGGUGCGAAUGGCCGAGGUUCUGUGGAAGGCCUAAGUCGUGCCAAAGUGUCGCCAAGGACAAAAAGUGGCAACUGUUGUAUUGUUGACGCCAAAUCGCGCAGACUUCUUUAUCAGGAAGCCCGGAAACGAAGCCAAGCAAGCCACAAAAUGGAGGGAGGUAGCUCUGCCGGCGGUGCGUUCAAAGGCCGCGGACACUGGAGCGUCUGUUACUGCUGCAAUAUGCAUGUUGCUGAAACGUGAUUUAAAUGGCAUUUUAGUACGAUAGCAACAUUGCAAUGGGGUGAACUGUGACCCAUUAUCAAUUCAAAUUAUGUUAAUUACGUCAGUUGUGACAAAUUUACGACAUACUAAAACACGCCUGUUUUAAGUCGGCCGCUUGACAAAAUAACACCAAACACAAUUUAAACGCAUCAAAGCCACAUCCAGAUUAUACGGAUAAUGUAUCUUUCACAUAGAUUGGGAAGUUAGCAAUGUUAAUUCACCAAUCCAUAUAAAACACGGUGAACGUAGCCGCUCGUUCGGACGAGUGUGGGCGACGCAUGCGCAGUUUCAACCAAUUUAUGGACAGAAAUCCUAUUCUGCCCCAAAGAUGCUCAACAAAAGGCUUUCCGAGUCCACCGAUGACAUCCUUUUUUUGUGAGACUAGUUAAUAUGAUAUGUCAAUUAAAUGGUAUUUAGGUAUUUGUGGCACUUUAUUUGGCGAAAUUGACGGAUUUUUUUUUUUGUGAACAUACGUCGAACCAACUUGAGCGACAGGUGCGAUCGAUUUGCGGCGCAUUUACGACAGAAGGCAUUUGGGCAAAACACAACCAAACACUUUUGGAGCGCAAACUCGGGCAGAUCCAUAUUAUAUGGAUGAUAAAGUAUGAAUGGGAAUGUAUUUAUAAACAUCACUAACUUACUUCACUGACACAAAAAGAAAACACGGUGAACAUCGCCACCCCCCCGCCAAUCCUCUUUUGGAGAACAUCUCCGGUCGACACACUUUCCGGUAAAGAUGGCGCUGAUGGCGACCCUGCGGAGGACAUGGCGUCUGUUGACAUCGGGACCCUGGGUCAUUACUCCCGCCGCCGCCUGCUCACAGAGCUCCGUUAGUGGCCACUUGGUGCCUCUGACCUCGCUGUCCAGACCUCCGUGGCCGGAGACUAGGCCGGUGCCGGAGGAGGAGCAGCGGCGGCAGCACGCCGCCCUGACGAGCGCCGUCAACCGUCUGAUCGAGCAAGACGACUUCGGCCGCCUCUUCGCCGUCGUGCACUUCGCUGGCCGCCAGUGGAAGGUGACGGACGAGGACCUGAUCCUGCUGGAGAACCACGUGGAGGCGGCGUGCGGCGAUCGCCUGCGUCUGGAGAAGGUGCUGCUGGUGGGGGCGCGCCACUUCACCCUGGUGGGCCGGCCGCUGCUGGCCAAGGAGCUGGUGCGCGUGGAAGCCACCGUGCUGGAGAAGACGCAGUCGUGGCCCAAAGUGCACAUGCGCUUCUGGAAGCGCCACCGCUUCCAGCGCAAGAAAAUCAUCGUGCAGCCGCAGACCGUGCUCAGAAUCAACAGUGUGCGGCUGGCGCCGGCGCUCACGUGACAAGCAACCGCCGCCCCCAAAAAUAUAUAUUUUUUUUAUAAGGUUAUUUACCUGACACCAUUCAACAGAUUAAUUGAUCAUGAACUCAUUCACUCCCAAAGACGUUUUUAAACGUCUUUUCAGACUU